AUGCUCCGGUCCCCGGGAGAGCCCGAGCCGGGCAGAUUUCCUUAUCCGGGGAUCGCAGGCCAUCUCGCUAUUGGCCCGCUCUGUCACAUGGACUCCAACUUUGUUCACUUGACAAAAUUAAUGGCCAUGAGCUCGUUUUUGAUCAACUCCAACUAUGUGGACCCCAAGUUCCCACCCUGUGAAGAGUAUUCCCACAGCGAUUACCUUCCCAAUCACUCGCCGGAAUAUUACAGCAGCCAGAGGCGAGAGAGCACUUUCCAACAUGAAGCGAUGUACCAGCCGCGGUCAGCAUGCAGCGAACAGCUCUACCCGUCCUGUCAGAGCUCCGGGCACCAAGCAGCGGUGUUAUCCCCCCGGGGUCAUGUCCAUCCUCCGGCCGGACUGCAGAGCCAUCUCUCUGAGCCAAACCAUCCCUGCGAGCCGGGAACCCCCAGCCCUCCACCCUCCUGCAGCCAAAACUCUCUGAACCAAAGCCCUUCCAAUUCCUCUUGCAAAGAGCCGGUAGUUUACCCCUGGAUGAAAAAAGUCCAUGUAAGCACGGGUAAGUGAACUAAAGUGGCUUUGCUUUAUACUAAGUAGCACCUCAAAGUCUUGUAGAAAUCUUAUUGCACCAGUUGUAAAAUAACCAUUCGUGGAGAUUUACGAUCGCCUGUUUGCAGAGCGGUAUAAUUACAUCCUCCAUAAAUUUUUAUUGCUCUGCUUGGCCGUGUGCCUUUGAAGUCUCUGUUACCAUCCUCCUCCAAUUUCUUGCAGG